ACGCCGUCUCUCUGUUUGUUAUGUGUUUUUUAAGGAGCAGCUGCUAACUGCUAGCAUUGAGCCUCGUCUUUAAACAUGCUUUGAAUACACAUAAACAGCUGGCAGGACAGAGAUGGCAGUGUGUGCACUGACCAUGCUGGACGGGAUGGAGACUGAGGUGACGGUGGCAAGUGGGGUGUUGCUCCUGGUCCUGGCCCUCGUCUUCGCUUGGCUCUCGACUCACGUGGCCGACCGGGGCGACCACAUCCUGGGCACCAUCCUCACCGUGGGGGCUCACGCCUCCCUGAUCGGACUGGGGGCCCACGAGAGCUACAGCGGAGGGUCUCCCAGCACAGACACCCCAGAGCAGCAGACUCCCCCGGCCUCUCAGGAGAACAAGCCGGACGACGGGGAGUCGGGGACCGAGAGAGGAGAGGGGGAGGGGACGGGGGAGGGAGCUGAGGGGGUGAGGGCUGAUCUCCUGCUGGACAUACAGAGCAAGCAACCCCAGGCUGGAAGACUGCACACUUCAGAUGACGAGGAUGAUGACGACGACGAUGAUGAGGAUGAUAAUGAGGGGCAGGAGGAAAUGAAAAAGAUUACAGACCAUAUUCCAGUGUUGUCCAGCACCGUCUCCCCCUCCCCCACCACGGCCACCUCCAUCUCUGUCCGUCUAAAGUUUUUAAAUGACACAGAGGAGCUAGCUGUUGUCGAACCGGAGGAUACAGUGGGAGUGCUGAAAAGCAAAUACUUCUCAGGUCGAGAGCAUCAAAUCAAACUUAUCUACCAAGGCCAGCUGCUGCAGGAUCCCAAGAAGACCCUGUUUUCCCUAAACAUCUCACAGAACAGCGUGAUCCACUGCCACGUCUCCCAGGCCAUGCACGAGGAGCCUCCAGAGGAAGGGGCUCAGUCUGGGGCGGGAGCUGGGUCCGGGGUCUCGGGGGGAUUCAGGGCUGCUGGAGUAGCCAUAAGCACCAGCAGCCUGGUCGUGCCCGUGUUCGUGGUGAUACUGGCCGUGGUGUGGUACUUCCGCAUCAACUACAGGCAGUUCUUCACGGCGCCCGCGACCAUCUCCCUCGUGGGAGUCACUGUGUUCUUCAGCUUUCUGAUAUUUGGGAUGCACAGCCGCUGAACAGACCGGGAGAAAGCAGACACACUUACAGCUGAAUGUUGUGAGUAGAAUACAAAUAACUAUAGCAGGGGGCGGCACCUGGAGAGACAGACUAAUCCAAAUGGGUUCAGUGCACAUCCAACAGCUGAUUGGAUCCCUGCAGUGUGUGAGUGAAUGGUAGUGUGUGGGUGGCUAGCUAGGUGAGCCUGUUUGUGCAUGUACCAAGAUGAAACAGCAGAUGAGUGAUUGUACAGUAUAUGUGGAGUAAAUAAUAAUCUGCUGCGAGUGAAGAACUCCUCUCCAAACAUGACUUAGUGGUGCACACCAUGUUGAAAACACUCAUGGCUUUAUCUUGUCCGCUCUUUUAUUGUUGCUAAAGAUUCAAGAUGCUAUUUUGUCCGUCUGUUUUUUAGGCCGCUGUUUGUGUAAAAAAAAAAAA